CUUGUUGAUAUAUUACUUAACUUAAACGUUAUUUUUUGGAAGAUGAAAGUGGCUUCUGCAUAUCAGACUCCACUAGUCAGAGAGACGAUGACGUCAGAAAUGUGAAUGUCCAUUGGCCAAUAGAGCUUUCGUUGCUCCGAGAAGAGGGAAGUGAUUGGCUGUCAGAUCGCCGACCAGCUCCUUCCUGCGGCUGUGGAUAUCUAGCGAUUGGGGUUUGCAAUUUGCAUUGUGGUAGACAGAGGGCCGUGUCGAUGUUCCGUGAUCUUUGGCCCCUUGUGAAAUUCCCGAAGUGUCAGCCUAACCACGCACUCAGCGCGAUGAAAUUGGGCGAGCGCUUUCGGAGGACAGCGUACGCAAAAACAGGGUACCGUGUUUAGGAUCACCACAGCAGCCGAGAGAUCAAAGCGAGCGAGGUCUGCCAGCCCAACUCCGGCGGACGUUGCGUGUGAAUGCGGUGACUGUCAACAGCGUCAUCCCUCCCUGCUUUUAUAUAAUGGAAGAUUACAUACAGAUAUGAUGUGCUAAUACAGAAAGGCGCGUAAGACGCACGGUUCCCCCGGAAUAAAGAUACACGUCUGCUGGGAAGUUGGAGAUAGAAAUAAUUCGGUGUUGAUGACCACAAAGGCGAGGCUCGAGUUUACUUCACGACGGCUCAACUCAUCCCGAGGCUGGUAUUUCUCGCCCGUGUUCCUGUGAAACUGAAGCAAUGGCGAGGCACACGGCAGUCCGGGCUCGAGUCAUUUGUCUUGCUUUCAUCAGUUAGCCUUCCGUGGGUGGCCACCUAACCCACAACUAGUAGGACUAGCAGACUCCAGCAGUCUGUCAGCUGCAACGCGAGCUCCGCGCAGGUGGUGUCGGUACGAGGUGAAGCUGGCGGCCCUUCGGUUAGAGUCGGAGGAGAAGGAUCUGGGCGCCAUGGCGUGGGUGCUGAAGAUGGACGAUGCUUCCAUCGAGUCUGGUCUUGUGCACGACUUUGAUGCCAGUUUAUCUGGCAUCGGCCAGGAGCUCGGGGCUGGCGCGUACAGCAUGAGUGAUGUGUUGGCCCUGCCCAUCUUUAAGCAGGAAGAUGUUAGUGUUCCUGUGGAGUCCGACACCAAGAAUCCUCCGUUUCAGUAUGUGCUGUGUGCCGCCACGUCCCCCGCUGUUAAACUGCACGAUGAGACGCUCACCUACCUAAACCAAGGCCAGUCUUAUGAGAUCCGGUUGCUUGAUAACAGGAAAAAAGGGGAGAUGCCGGAACUCAAUAACAAGACUGUGAAGAGUAUAGUUAGGGUGGUUUUCCAUGACCGAAGGCUUCAGUACAUGGAGCACCAGCAGCUGGAGGGCUGGAAAUGGAAUCGGCCCGGCGAUCGCCUCCUUGACAUCGAUAUCCCUAUGUCGGUUGGCAUCACUGAGCCCUUCACACACGCCUCCCAGCUAAAUGCUGCAGAGUUCCUGUGGGAUGUCUCGAAGAGAGCGUCUGUGUUUGUGCAGGUUCACUGCAUCAGUACAGAGUUCACCCCGAGGAAACACGGCGGAGAAAAAGGAGUUCCGUUUCGUAUCCAGAUCGACACCUUUAAACAGGAUGAAAGCGGAGAGUACACGGAGCACCUGCACUCGGGCAGCUGCCAGAUCAAAGUCUUCAAGCCAAAGGGUGCCGACAGAAAACAGAAAACUGACAGAGAGAAGAUGGAAAAGCGGACUGCACACGAUAAAGAGAAAUAUCAGCCUUCUUAUGACACCACCAUUUUGUCAGAGGCAAGAAUAUUGAGCUCAGCCGUUAACAUCAGUGAUAUGGAUAUAUUACUUUGUACUCGAUUAGAGCCUGUGAUCGAGGAGACUGUGGAACAAGAGCUGAAGAAAUCGAGCAAGCGGACACUUCCUGCAGACUGCGGAGAUUCCAUCGCCAAAAGCAAGAGAGGAAGUUGUUCCCCGUGGCCGGAUAGUCCAUACGUCAAUCCGAAUACAGCAGCCACUCCAACCUUCACCUCCAGCACACACACCUCCUACAGUACGAGCACCACGAGACCGGACAGCGAGUCAUCAUCACCUACCCACCAGGUGGACCCGGUUAGCAUCGUGUCUACGGAGUCUCUGAGUCCCACAGCGUCUAUACAGGAGGCACAGAAGUGGCUGCUUAAGAAUAGAUUUAACUCAUACAGUCGCAUGUUCACUCAUUUCUCAGGUUCUGAUCUACUGAAGUUAACUCGUGAAGAUUUAGUCCAAAUAUGUGGUGCAGCUGAUGGAAUCCGACUCUUUAAUGCACUAAAAUCAAGAGCGGUGCAUCCCAGACUUACGGUCUAUGUUUCCAUGGAGGCUUCGCCAAAUGACAGCCCUCUUUCGGAGAAGCAUGGUCACAGCAAAAACGGAGAUCAUGGCAGCCCCACAUCCAUACAUGGAUUAACAAGUAAUAUUGACACAUUUUACCACGCUCUUUACCUUGAGGAGAUGACCGCAUGUGAGCUUACCAGGAAAAUCUCCAGCGUUUUGGCUUUGCCACUGUCCCACAUUAACCAAGUCUAUAAGCAAGGACCUACAGGAAUACACAUACUACUCAGUGACCAGAUGGUUUAUAACCUACUUGAUGAGACCAGUUUCAUUGUCAGUACAAUACAAGAUGACACAUGUGAUGGAUUUCACCUCAUCCUGAAGUAAACAUAACGGAUAGACGUAACUCAGAGAAUGUAAUGACAACAUUAGGCUCCAUACUGCCAAUAUUGAGCAUCGAACAUGUUCCCUCCAUCCUUCUCUCUCUUCCUUUCUUGAUCUCGCUCUCUCGUUCUUCACGUUUCAGACUUUGGAGAUGGAGAGAGAGAGCUGGGCUUGGGCAGGGCCUCCUAACUGUUAGAAUCUGACUUCAGUGUGCAAAUUGUUUCAUAUUGAAAACACUUAAACUGAUGCCAGUGUGUGUGUAAGCGGUGGGCUAUGUAUAGUAAAGUAUGUGUGUGCUUCUAAAAGGUUGAUUUGAGAAGGAUGGAGGUGGCCAGAAACCAUUAGGGAAGCGGAGAUUCGUGACCACUAUUACUUCAGCAUGGUUUUUGUGGAAGGUUCUGAUUGUAUGACUCUGAGAUGGCUGAACCUCGCUCAGCCUACGCUCAGACUCCUCACGUUGCAAGUUGCGAACAUACAGUACUUAAGUUUGUUCGCCUUUGUCUGUGUCAUGUCAAUGUUGCCCAUUUGGACAGCCCGGAUAUUGUUCGUAUUGUCACCAUUGCACCCAUUUGUUAGAUAUAUAAUAAAAUGUGGGGAAAUGUCCUGACUUAGGCAUGCGCAGGACGUCUUGAUGUCUGUCCGGAUGAACUGAUUUCCUUGAGUUUAAGUAUGAUGCCCUGCAGCUAUUCUGAGGCUGUUGGACUACGUUUAGGAUGUGUCCUACUCGUACAGAUGGUAUUGUCAGUGCUGAUAUUGUUUUCUUAUUCCUCUAUUAAGACCAAUUUUGCUUGGUGCCAUUAUAACUGUUGACUAGAUUCUGUUCAACCUACAGUUUCUUGAAAUCUUAGCGUUUACACUUUGUAACUCAGGUGGAUAAAUAUGGAAUCCACUUUUGAUUCAACAGUGGGAGUCUAUAAUUUUUAGAUUGUGAUUCUUGUGCUUCAUGUUGUCUGUGCCUGGUAACUGUUACCCGCCCUGUAUAGUAGCUCAUGGCACAGAUUAUAACACACAUUAUUGAUAUGAGAAGCAAGCACAAUCACAAAACUCCAUAAAUUUCCCAAAAUGCCUUUGCGUUUUUUUAUGCUUAUGUUUCUGGUCUAGGAUGGUAAUACGUUUGACUGGUCCAUUGCCCGGUUUUAUUCGCCAGUUCCAGUUAACUCAUACUCAUUAUACAGUCAUUCAGGGCAUUGUCUCUGUGGUUUUUUUCUAUUGUUAUUUGUUUCCUUCUCCUUGAAUAGAGACUGCCUUAGUAGGUCAUCUCAGUAGUAUGUAUUGGGCAGCUGUGCUUUGGCAUGUACUGUGCUUAUUUUUGCCCCUUUACAGAGGAGCAUGGCUGUAAGAAUGUUGACUCCUUUUAAUUCUUAAAAAAAAAAGGAACGACCAAGUCUGCACUGAACUGAAUCCACAACAAACGUCACGCCGUUGGAUACCUUGCUGUUGUCAGAAGCUCACUUCGAAUUUUGGUGUACACAAAGUUUCCAGGAGAAGAUAUGAUCAACGUAUAAAUACACAACGAGGUGGUGUUUUCUUCCUCGGAUCGAAUGCUCUGGAUCACAUGGACUGUCCUCCGCAUUUCUGUGAUGCUAGUCAUGGUGCCCCCACGUCACUGUCUAAAGAAGCCCCUCUUUCAUAGGGGGUGCUGAGAUGUACACAAUUAAUGCCUGUACCAGAAAUAAAAUAAUUUUCAUAUAA